AUGAACCAAGCUGAACCUCAAGUGGGCUGUUUCCGCCGCCUUUUCUCUCGUCGAACCUCUUCAUGGCGUAGCCAACAAUCGCGAGACGAGCCGCAGCCGCCUCGCCAGCCCCAGCUUGAAUAUCAUGAGGUGCAGGUUAGACCUGAAGGUUACGGCACCGAGAUUCGAGAGGCGCUAAAGAUCUCCGAGAAGGAAAAACAGGAGAUUCAUUUCUUCAACCCUUCGUGUAACUAUUCUUAUUCCGAAGAGUCAGAAUGGUGGUUGGAUCCGCAGCAUCCGCCAUCGUAUACCCCUAGUGAUUUGCCGUUUGCGGAUCUCGAGGUCGCAAAAACGGUUGAGGCGACGCUGGACUCCCUCAGCCCUCAGCUCCGAGAGCUAAGCUUGGAAAUACACGGUUGCCCAGAGCUCCAGUUUCAAGAAAGAUACGCACACGAUAUCCUGACGCAAUUUAUGGCAACACAUGGAUUUCAUGUCAGCAGACACUACCUUGGUCUUCACACCGCCUGGCGCGCUGAAUUCAGCUACGGAACCGGGGGCAGAGUUAUAGGCGUAAACUCGGAAAUGGACGCUUUGAAAGGACUCGGACAUGCUUGUGGUCACAACCUGAUCGCCGUAAGCGGGGUCGGGAUCGCCAUUGCCAUUAAAUCCGCCAUGCAGGCACAUAAGAUGUCCGGCAAAGUUGUCCUGCUUGGUACGCCUGCUGAGGAGGCUGGCGGAGGAAAAGUCAUCCUUCUCGAUCGCGGAGGCUAUAAAGAUAUGGACGCAUGCAUCAUGUGUCAUCCUUCUCCUGGUAUUCCGCACUCUGCGUGCGUAGGGACAUCAAUUGCUAUGCAGGACGUAGAAGUCGAGUACUUUGGGCAAAGUGCUCACGCAGCAGCGGCGCCUUGGGAGGGAACAAACGCCCUUGACGCGGCAUUUUUAGCAUACUCUGGCAUCUCCCUCUUACGCCAGCAAAUGAAGCCCGACCAUCGCAUCCACGGGAUAGUGCAAGGAAAGGACUGGUCCCCCAACGGUGAUAAAUCAAUCUGUUCUGGGCUACAGGACCUAGGGUCUUACAAUUCAGCAGUUAUUCCCGACUAUGCACAAAUGCGCUGGAUAGCCCGAGCACCAACUGUGGCAGAACUUCACGCAUUUGUGAAACGAGCCACGAACUGUCUCGAAGCAGCAGCGAUCUCCACUUCGUGCAAGGCCACUCUGAAAUUUCACGCCCCUUACUUUGAAUUACGACAGAACAGUGUUCUUGCGCGCGCAUUUUCCGACACCGCCUUGAAUCGUUACGGCGUAGUAACGAGUGGUAACAACUUUUCCGCCUCCACGGAUUUUGGAAACGUAUCUUACGCACUCCCGUCCCUACACCCCUCCUUCGCCAUACCGACGGAAGCGAAAGGUGGCAAUCACACACCAGCCUUUGCGAAAUCAGCCGCAACCGUCGAGGCCCACGCGGCCAUGAUGUGUAUAGCCAAAGUCUUGGCGCUCACUGGUUAUCGGAUUCUCGCGGAUGCCGCGUUCUGUGACCAGGUCAAACGCGCAUUUGAAGCUCAAAAGUGA